AUGUCAAGAUUUACCCCAAGCCAAAGAUGGACGUCAUAUGAGGGUUGGAACUAUAACGGCAUGAAGGAAAGACUCGAGGGCUUGAUUGCCAAACUGGACAAAAAGGCACUUCUAAAUCAUGCCGAGCUCAUCAAAGGCCAGAAAUUCAGCAUGAGUGAGCCCUUUUCCGCAGGGCAGUAUUGGAUCUGUUUUGAGCUGGUCGCUGAGGAUGAUAGUCUCGUCAUCGCCCGUGUUCGACUGCCUCGCCACCCCGACAUUCCGCAAACAGUGAGUGAGGAGGACGAAGAGUAUUCCAUCGCGUGCGAGGUUUCUGCGAUGCGUUUCGUGAGGCAGCGUCUCUCAAAUGUGGUCGUACCUCAGGUGUUUGCCUAUGAGGGAACCGGGUCCCAGCUUGCUGCCAAUGCUGGCGCUAUCUACAUGCUCAUAGAGGGCUUUCGCGGGAACACGCUGCAAGACGUUGUGCCAGACCUUUGUAACUUGCCUAUUUCGAAACUGGAGCAUGUCCUGGCCCAGUGGACAACGAUGCAAACGUGUCUGGCAGCCUUCACAUAUCCACAGAUUGGAUCUAUCUCCGGUAUCACAAUAACCGGAGAACCCAUCAUUGAUAGGUUAUCUUCCGCUGCAAUAGAAGGCUUGAUGUCACAAGGACCUUUCUCCAACGCUAUUGAGUACUUUACGGCCCUUGGAGAAGCAGCCUUGUACCGAGCGAGCCGUGCUGGCAAGGGCCGGUCGGAAUUUCACAGGCUGGGUGCGUCAGUUUUCUUGGACAUCGUGCAAUCUACCACGUUCUUCCAGGAAUCUUCCGCACAAUAUCCCCUUAACCACAUGGAUCUUGGCACACAAAACAUUAUCGUCGAUGAAGAUUUGAACUUCUUAGCCAUUAUUGAUUGGGAAUUCGCUCAAACUGCUCCUUGGCAAAUUAACCACUACCCAAUGCCUUUUCCACUCUUAUGGCCAGACGAGAGAAUCAAAAUGAUACUAGAUGACCCUCAACACCUCGCCUACAAGCAAAUAUCACGGCAGGCUCGUACCAGGGAGCUGUAUUGCAAGAAGUUCCGGGAAGCGGAGGCAAAACUCGCAGAAAAAGGAGUGCGUCUUGGAAAUGAAUUUGCGGAGGUCCUCGAAAGUCCGGCCUCUAGGAUCUAUGCUUGUUUCUCUAAACUUGGAGAUGCGCCGGAGCAAGACGAGGCCAUGGUUCGCGAGAUGGUGCGCCUAGCAUUUAAUUUUGCUGUUGAGGGAGCCAACCAAUAUCUCGAGCAGAUGUCAAACAAGAUGAUAUGA